AUGGACGUCCAUUACCUUCCUACUUUUGAGAAGCGCCGUGAGCGGCUUGAGGAGGUAUUCGACUUCCUUGGAGACACAGAUCCCGAGAGCGUGUCUCCUAAAUUGCGCGAACCUCUCCUGGCACUGCAGCGUCGCGCUGAUGCACGCCGAGCCCCCUACGAUGCAGACAUCGAAGAAGAGCUCGCAAUGUGGCAGGACUUUCUCGAAAUCAGGGAGGACAUCCAUAAGUUCAUGGGCUACCGCCGCUUCCUCUGGAGACUGAGGGAAGCCGAUACAAAGAACUUUCUCGCCACUUAUCUCUCAGGUCGAUCAUGGGCUCGAGAGUGGUUGCCGAACGGAGGUGUCCCUUACAACGCCUGCGAGCAAUGCAACCAUUGGCUUCCUAGUCGCCAGCAAGAAUGUGAAUGCCAGUUCAUCUGCCAGCCUCUGUGGUGGAUCCUUGAGGAUUACCAUCUUGAGCGAGAUCGGUUCAACGUCUGGCUUAGGAAUGCCACGAUGUCGAUGGGUAUAGCAGAUAAGCCUCAGCCCCCGUCCCCCGUCGACGACUUCUUUGUGAGGGUCGCCAAUUACAGCCUGGAACACGACACCCCUGGAGAGUCAUGGGAUGUCAGAGACAUUUACGAAGUCUUGCUACAGACGGAUAGCCAUGCAAGGGGCGAGCAGGUCACUUGUCGCGACUUCCUCCAGAUGGGUUUGGACUACACGCUGAACAGGAUCAACUGGGAUCAAAUGUCUGUUCUCAGUCGCGUCCACGGUAUUCUCAGCGAUGCCGAAGCCCAGGAGCUCGUGGAGGCGAUCCAUUGCGAUGGUCUGAUGUACUACAUCUCAUCUUUCUAUCUCGACAUCGACGGCAGAUACGUUGACCAGCAGCCCCGCCAAUGGGUCAUCAAUUAUCUGGAUGCGAAUCCCGCGCCGCGGGACAUCUAUAAUGGCGUGCCGUUUGGUCGGAUUCUGACCCCUAGCUACCUCUGGAACGUGUAUUUCAUCGAUGGUGAUGGAAAUGUCACGGUCUUCUGCCAAUUCAAGGAGACUGGUGAUGAGUGGAUCAAGUAUUGGCUCGGCACUGGCAGGCCUCUUGACCGGGAGAAUGUUGCGGCUCUAUGGGAAGAUGCUGCUAUAUUCAUUAGACACCAUCACCAUCAACCCCACCUCAAUGUCGGUCAUCACCACGCGCCGAGAUACGAUCCGGUAUUCGAUCGGGCAUACGACCCGGUGGAGGAGGACAGUGGCCGGAAUGGCGCGGGCCUCGGUUAUCUCGUCUCCGCUCUCGCUUCCGCUGCUAGUGGUGCUGCCCGUCGUGUUGUUGAGACAUGGCCUUUCGUUGAAGUACACAGACGAGUCCUCCGAGGGGCCAGUGAUCUCGCUUCCGCUUUCCAGGGACCGGCGGAGAAUCUUGGGGGCAGCGUGUAUGAGGAUCAACCGGCUGCGGAGAGUAAAGAUGAAAGUGGGAAUGAGGAGGUGAAGGAUGAACGGGCUGCGGAUUACAUCCAUGAUGAGAUGUUGGAUGAACGGCCGGGGAUGUGA